CACACACACACACACACACACACACACACACACACACACACACACACACACACACACACACACACACACACACACUGUACUCCAAUGAAGAUGUGUGAGGUAUGAGGUUGUGUAUUGGUGUUGAUAAUGACAUAAAUCAUACAUCUUUAGCCAAUGUCUGCGUUUACAGAUAAUAUAAGGAUAAUAAGCAAAUGUCUACUCUGUUAUUACAGAUAGGGAGAUCACUAAUGACGAGAGGAAGAGAAUGGUGGAAUCUGUCCUAUCACUUGGUGAGUGGAGGAUUGUUCUUCUUGGGAAGACUGGUGCUGGGAAAAGCAGCACUGGCAACACCAUCCUGGGAAAAAAGGUCUUUGAAGUGGACAUCAAUCCGUGUGGAGUGACCAACAUGUGUGAAGCUCACAGCGGAAUAGUCAACGGGAGGAAGAUCACUGUCAUUGACACACCAGGAUUCCUCAACUCAGAUGAAGAGGAGACAAAUAGUGAGAUAGAAAGAUGCCUGACAUUAAGUUCCCCAGGGCCUCAUGCCUUCAUCCUUGUGCUAAGUGCUGCUGAAAGAUUCACCAAAGAGGAUGAAGAGGUUAUAAGAAGGAUCAAGGAGUUAUUUACAUCUAAUGUUUUUAAACAUACAGUGAUUGUCUUUACACAUGGGGGAGAGCUGAGGGGGCAGAGUAUUGAGGAGUUUGUCAGUCAUAGUAGACGCGGAAACCCACUGAAGGAUCUUGUUGAAAGAUGUGGUGGUCGCCACCAUGUCAUAGACAAUGUGUACUGGCAAAAGGAACAGGAGUGUGAAUACAGCAACAGGAGGCAGAUAGAGGAGCUGUUUGACACCAUAGGAGAGAUGGUACAGAGGAAUGGAGGCAGGUAUUACACUAAAUAG